CUCCCUCCACAGCUCUCUCUCCGCUGUUGAGGUACUGGUUUGCGUAGCCGGCGACAUUUGGCGUGGUUUCGAGCUACAUUUGUUAACAAAGGGCGACCGCGUAUUUAUUUAUUGUCGACUUUUAACAUUUUUUUCCUGCCGUUCAUCCGUCAAAAUGAGCACCAUUAACGUGAAGAAGCUCAAAGUGAACGAGCUGAAGGACGAGCUGAAAAAGCGGAAUCUUUCCGACAAGGGGCUGAAGGCCGAGCUGAUGGACCGCCUGCAGGCCGCCAUAGACGAGGAGGCCCUCGCCGGAGACUCCUCGGCGGCCCAGGAAGGCUCCGGGGACGACGGGCUCGAGCAGACGGCCGACCAGGAGGGCAUGGGAGAAGAAGAGGAGGGCGACGCUCCGGUAGAGGAGAGCAUGGAGGCCAACGAGGAAGAAGCGGAGAACGAGGACGACGGCAACGGCGUCGCCGAGGACGAAGAGAUGGGUGAGGGGGAAGACGGAGGGGACGAGGACGACGAAAUGGAUCCCAUGCUCAAGGCGGAUGUAGACGACAUGGAAAAAAUUGAGGACGGUGAGCCCGGAGAUCAAUCUGCAGAGGGGGAUGCGGACAAAGACACGAAUGCUGAUCAGAAGAAUAAGAAGGGUGUUAAGAGACGCCGGGAGGAACAUGGAAGGGGCUACUUUGAAUUUAUUGAAGAGAACAAAUACAGCUGCGCCUCUUUUAAGUCCCCCGUUCCCCCGUUGGAGGAAGAGGACGAAGAGUGUGACGACACGAAAGUCUGCCUGGAUACCUACAACUGUGACCUGCACUUUAAGGUGUCGCGUGACCGCUACAGCGCCUCCUCCCUCAUUAUGGAGAGCUUUGCCUAUCUGUGGUCUGGAGGAAAGGGGACCUACGGCGUAAACAGCGGCAAAGCCUGCUUUGAGAUGAAGCUCACCGAGAAGAUUUCAGUGAAGCACAUUUCCAGCAAGAACUUAGAAAUUCACGACGUGCAGGUCGGAUGGUCGUUGUCCACGGGCACGCUGCUGCUGGGAGAGGAGGAGUUUUCCUAUGGAUACUCCUGCAAAGGCAGGAAGACCACCAACUGUGUGACCGAGGACUUUGGGGAAACCUAUGAGGAGAACGACGUCAUCUGCUGCCUGAUCGACUUCGAGGAGGAGGAGGUUGUGCUGUCCUUCUCCAAGAACGGCGGCGAAGCGGCCGUCGCCUUCAGGGUCCCCAAGGACAGCCUGGGCGACCAGGCCCUCUUCCCACACGUCAUCUGUCGCAACUGUGCCGUGGAGUUCAACUUCGGCCAGAUGGAGACGCCCUACUUCCCUCAGCCUGAAGGCUACACCUUCCUGCAGCAGAUCCCCGUCAGCGAGCGGGUGCGGGGGCUGAAGGGGCCCCAGACCAAGGCCGACUGCGAGAUCAUCGUGAUGGUCGGCUUGCCCGGCUCGGGGAAAACCACGUGGGUCAAGAACCAAGUGGAGCAGAACCCCGGGAAGUACUACAUCCUGAGCAGCGACACCAUCGUGGACAAGAUGAUGAUCAACAGUUUGAAACGCCAGUCCAAGGACAUCACCAAGCUCAGCGCCAUCUCCCAAAGAGCUCCGCUCUUCCUGGGCAAGUUCAUCGAGAUCGCCGCUCGCAAGAAGAGGAACUACAUCCUGGAUCACACCAACCUGUCUGCGCCCGGCCAGAAGAGGAAGAUGUGUCUGUUUGCAGGCUUCCAGCGCAAGGCGGUGGUGGUCUUCCCCUCAGACGAGGAGUACAAGAAGAGAGUCCAGAAGAAGGUGGAGAGUGAUGGCAAGGAAGUGCCCGAGCACGCGCUGCUCAAGAUGAAGGGCUUCUACGCCCUCCCAGAGGAAGGGGAGAGCUUCAGCGAGGUCACGUACGCCGAGCUGCCUAAGGAGGACGCCGCCAAGCUGCUGGAGCAGUACAAAGAGGAGAGCAAGACCGCCCUGCCCGCCGAGAAGAAGCCCAACCAGGGGAGCUCCACCCCCAAGCGAUCCGGCAGCGGGGGCACGCCCCGCAGCGGGGGCUCCCGGGGCGGAGGUCCCCGCGGCGGCGGCCGGGGAGGCAAGAACCAGUUUGGACGCAGCGGACAGGGGCAGAGGGGCGGCGGCCGCGGAGGCUUCCAGAACAGAGGCAACUUCAGAGGAGGUCCCGUCCCUCGCGGCGGCGGCGGCUUCAGCCGUCCUCCCCGCGGCUUCCUUCCUCCGCCGGCCUUCAGGGGAGGGUUCGUCCGGCCCGGGAACUUCGGCAGGGGCGGUGGCCCCAUCCCCAGCCUGGGCGCGUCCCCCAGAGGCGGGCCCAUGAGGGGCAGCAUGGGACACCGGGGCGGGCCCAUGAACCGAGGAGGCCAGAUGAACCGAGGCGGUCAGAUGAGCCGAGGAGGAGGAGGAGGCGGAGGCAACAUGAACCGCAACGUGAACAGGGGACCCCCCGCCCACUUCCAGCAGAGAGGAGGGGGCCGUGGCAACUUCGGUCAGAAAAACAGUAACUACGGCAACAACAGGAACAGCGGCAGCUUUGGCAGCAGGAACGGCAUGGACAAGGCUCAGGCCUUCAACCAGAGCUGGCAGCAAGGGUUCUGGAACCAGAAGCCGUGGAGCCAGCAGUACCAGCCGGGAUAUUACUAAAACACUUGUUCUUAUGGACUGGUGGCUGACACUGAGAACCCACCACUAGCCACGGAACCUCCCUCCGCCCUGCUGUUUGAGUUUUGCUUCUUUAGAGCCCACUUUUAAUCGACGAGCGCCCCGCUGACCGGCGAGCCAGACGGACGGGAUUCACCUGGAGCGAGAACAUUCCACCAGAGGAGAGCAGGAAGCCCGGCUGUGGUCAGAGCGCCGUGGGCUCCGUCUAUUUACACCCAGGACCGUGGGCUCAGUCUCCUACACACUGUUUGUGGGUUUCCUUUUUGUUGUACAUUUUUUUUUAUUUUAUUUUUUUGUCCCCUCCCCAACCACUUUUUAAAUGACAUGAUUUUAAAAUUGUUAAAUCAGGAACAGAGACGGAUAAGUGGGUCAGUUUAGGAAUUUUUUUGGGUUUUGUUUUUUCUUUUGUUCAGGGUUGUGCGUUUUAUCCGUGCUGUGAUUUUAUUUUUUUCUUUUGAUUUGCUUUUUUUUUUUAUUACAAAUUGUAAAUAUUUUGUUUUUCUUUGUGUAGUUUUUGUCAGACAUUUAAAAAAUGUGAUUUAAAUAGAUCUGAAAGCAGGACAGAUUAUAUGGGUAGACUAAAUGUCAACGCUCUAAUGUUAAACAGUUAAGAGAAAAAAAAGAGACGGCAGAUAAGUGAUUUUUGUUUUCUUUGUUUUUGUCCCCAUCAUCAAAACUUGUAAGAUCACAGACCUACAAUAAACAACUUGUUUGCUUUUUUUACAUUCA